AUGGCCCCAACACCAACUACACCAAAGAACAACAAGAAAACGAAAGACCUUAGCUCACCUUCUGCAGGUAGCGAGCAACGAGUCAUUGUUCUAACUCCUUCCGCCAAGGUUGGUUCACAAGGUGCUUCUGCUCUCGCUUCUUCGAUGGAAUUGUUUGAGUCCAACCCAUCUGAAGAGGUUUCUGGUAAAAGAGCAAGAGUUGCUGAUGAACCAGAUGAUUGGUUUAAAAACCACGUCAUCAACUCUUACCAAAGAAUGUUUGGUGAGUCAUUGAAAGAAGAUUUGCCGUUGGAAGAAGCUGUUUCUCUUCUAUUCGAAACAGCCAAUGCUCCAUACGCUGACAACUUGGAAUUCAAGAAUAGAAUGGCUGCUCUUGAAUUGUUGUUCAGAAAAGAAGUAGACACUCCCAUUCCAGAUUCAUCUGGUAUAAAAGAUAUUAAAAGUAAAGGUUAUUCUUUACUUUUAACAAACUCUUUUAUCAUCUCUCAAAUCUGCAAGCGUUUGAGAGAGAGUGAUACCCUUGAUUUACCGCUUAUUCUUCAAGGAUUUGAAUUUAUUCAGAAUAUUUCUGAGUUAAAUCUAGUCUGUAUUCGAAUGGGCAUUAAAAAUGGCUUUGAAGCAGCUGAAAACUUCUCUAACAGCUACAAAUCAGGAGGUUCACUUGACCAAAUCACCUCCAAACAACAAGAGAAGGCCAUUAAAUCUGCUGAAAAAACGUUAGAAUUGAAUGAAGUUUACAAGGGAAAAUGCAUUCAUGGUUAUGAUGGAUUAUCUGUCAAUUCAUCAGAAGUUAUUGCCUGUAGAAAUGAAUUGAAAUUGAUUAUUGACGAAUUGAACAAUGGGAGUUCUGAAUAUGGUGAAGAACUACACCCAGUACAAGAUGUAACAAUUGCUAGAAAACAAUACAAGCUGAAGGAUACUUUAGUUGAAUUAGAUGUGAACAAAGAGGAAAAAUUGUUUUUAGAUGAUACUGUUUUGGAGUUUAACAGAUCCUUCAUCAAAGCAAGGAAAAACUUUAACAACAAGAAAAAGACAAAUGGUUUUAACGAGGUUCUUAGAGCUAUGGAUUUAAAAUUAACUGGAACAAAUUGA